AAUCGGAUUCUCACAGAAAGCCAGCGAUUGGAGCGAAGGCUAAGAAUUGAGUUAAGAAAACAGUUGGCAGAAGAGAACGAGAAAUUUAGUGACAAUGAUAUCGACGCAACGGAUAGCACAACACAACAGAUAUCGGAUUCAGACAACACAUCCACUAAUGAUAUUGAUGUCAACGACUAUAGCAGUGAUUCGGUUCCAGAAUUACAGCCAAUCAUCAAUGAUAACGGAAUUUAUGAUAAACAGAAUGUGCCAUAUAUUGCAAUAGAAGUACACGAAUGUGCAGAAUAUUCUAAUAACACCGUAAGACAGGAACCAUCUCUACCGGUGCCCAUCGACCGGCCCAUCACUGACUACAACAACAACUUCAAUGAGACUGAGUUCAGUCAUCUCAACGAAAUGAUGUUUGCAGUGAAUCACAUGCAACCAAACGGCGCGCCGGCGGUCACGUGGGAACCGAUUGAUUACAAAGAGAUCACGGAAUGUGCAGCGGCUAAAUGGGAGUCCGACGUACCGCUCAUGGUGAAUAUGUGUCGCAAUUUGCGCGCGUUUAACCUGUUGUGCGAGAGUGACCAGUUGUCAUUAAUUAAAUACGGGGGUAUGGAGAUGCUUACAUUGCGCACCGCCAGGUUUUAUGACAUCACCAGCAAUAGUUGGAUUCUAGUCAUGGACUCAAACAAUUCCGUGAAGAUUAGUUUGGAUCACAUGAAGUUAUCUUUAAUUUUAUUUUUUAAUCCAAACCGUCCGGACCUCCAAUUCAGACAUACUGUUAAAUAUCAAAGGCAUGUCUACACGUAUCUGCUUAAGAGGUCAGAGUCGGAGGCGAACGCAAGACUAUUAGGUUUAAUGAAUAGCUUUAAAGACAUCCGAGCGCUCAGAAAUAUUUACAUCAAAUCCAUUACUACAAACUCGAUCCAAGAGUUCGCCAAAGACUAUCACGUGAUAGCAGUGGACACCCGAGGGUACGGCGAUUCUGGCCAACCGACCGGAUUUCUUAACUACAAAGUGGACAAAACCAUUGAAGACAUGUGUCACCUGAUGAACGCCCUAAACAAGCGCCGUAUAGUACUGGUGGGUCACGGCUGGGGUGGUAUAGUGUCGACCGUGGCUGACCAGCAUAACUCACGAGGCGUAGGCGAUUACAUGGCGUUCAAAUACUUCUCAACCGCUGUCAUAGACGCGAGCACCAUAUACAACUUCUUCAGCCUCCCGACGCCACUGCCCGAGUGGGCCCUCGCGGGCAACGAUUACUUCAUGCUUGACUACCUGUACCGCACGGGCGACGGCCGACCACUGCUCGCCGACGAGCACAUGGAGGCAUACAAAUACACGUUUCAACAAAACGGUUUGACAGCACCGUUGAAUUGGUACAGGGCCAAUUUGGCCGGCAGGUACCCCAUCCGCAUUCCACCCAAGUAUCUCAACAUCAAAGUACCAACACUUCUCGUUUGGGGCAAAAAGGAUCAACUAUUGUCGUGGAAGAUGGCGGCCGCGCACCGGUAUGUGGACGACCUGACUGUCCAUUGUAUUGACAAUUGUUCCCAUUGGGCGGCUCAGGAGUGCCCGGAUCUGGUCAACCAGUAUAUGAGGAAAUUCUUGACCCACCAUUCAUUGUAG